AUGGUGAAAAGUUCUCUUUGCGUCAAGCUUCGAAAACGCUGUGUCGCCUUGUGUUUUAAGAAAUUGCUUGAAUUGUGGGGGUGUCGUGGAAAGGUCUUGAACUUGAUGACGAAAGGCCCGCUUUACGUAUAUCACUUCCUCAGGAUGUCAACUUCCUUUCACCUUUUUUGGCCGUCAAAGUUGUUGUUUUGUAUUAGGGAACUUGGCGAUGCCAAGGAAACAGUACUGAACCAAGAAGAUUCUCGUGAUGAUAUUAAAAGUGCCAGUUGAGCUUAAAAUGUCACGAAGGUACAAAUGAAAUAAACAAAAAUAUUAAAAGAUUCACUUAAAACCAGUCAAAAAUCAGAGGACCUUGAGAAGGGUGUUUGCUUGCUCAGCGAAUGAUUAUAUUUUACAUAGUAGCAAAGGUCUUUUAAGGAGUUAAAAAAUGCUCACAAAAAAUGAAGUAUUUGAUUUGGCAAUUAAAAUUAUCGGUGUGCAUUACAUAACUGAGUAAAAUAAAUGUCAAAUAUAUCUUUGAUUAAUAAAUGAAACAAAACAAACGAUUUUAACUCUUUAAAAAAGUUAUUCUUUCGUGUGUGAACUACCGGACGUUACAUGUCAAACAACCGGACGUUGCGUCCGGUGUCCGGUCUGAAACGAAACUAAAAAUAAAAUAUGCUCUGUGGAAAGUGUUUCGAGAAACGUGUUCUCGAUUCUAUACUGUAGCUUAAAACAUUCCCAACACAGUAAUUUGCAAAACACCCAACUCCUGUUAACGUAUUUAUUUAUUUUGUUUGUUUAUCAUUUUUUAUUUGUAGCAAUUCAAGAGAUGCAGCAGCAGAAAAUGUGAAUCGCAGUAGCCCAGGUUCCAUUAAACAGCUCUUCAACAGAAAGUUCAGCCACGGAAAUGAAGGUAGCUUUCCAAACAGCGUAAUUUUAGAUACAAAGGCAUUACUCGACCUUAGCGUCACUCCACAAGUCCAGUACCAGGAACCAGUUCCACAGCAGUAAGGACCAUAAGCAACAACAGAAGCGACGGCAACCAAAACAGGAAAAAUGCAAUGGGAUGAGAUUAGCAAUACAGCAACUUUGCACGUGCAUCACGCUUUUUUGUACAUUUCUUUGACGUCACUGCAUGACUAAAGGUGAUGUUACACGGGACGAUACGCAACGACGAUGUUGGAACAACGUUGCAACCAUUCGAAACAAUAUUGCCACAUUGUUCAACGCUGUUUUGCGCUAAAAAUCGUCGUUGCGAAUCGACUCGUGUAACAUCACCUUAAGACGUGAAGCUGCCUCAUUUCCGUUUUAUGGAGGACCUCAACACAAGAGAACGACUUUCAUUUUCUUUUGUUGAACUUCAACACAGUCCUCCAGAAAAAUUUGCCAGCAUUUGAGGACAUGAACAAGAUGGAAGAGGCGCGAUUAAUUUGGAAGCGGCUCGAAUUCACUUUUUAAGUGACGUUUUCGUAGCCGUCGCUGUCGGAUCUAAGGGAGGGGGCCCGGGGGAAGCUCUGAGGCCAGCGGGACCAAAGCGAUACAGUCACUUCGUUUACCAACCAUCCCCUCCCCCUCUGACGAAACCGAGGCGCCAAGGUACCUUGUUUCUGAAAUUGUAUUCAGAGAUCAGUUUGUCUAGGACAGGCCUCGUGUGUGGAAAAAAAGAUUCCUCAAGUUUAAAGAGAGGAUGUUCUUGUUUUAUUGCAGCCUAUGCAGAAUGAUUUUGAUAUGUUUUGGUUUUUGUUUCAGACAAGAAGAAAGUGGAAACAGCAACUUCGGCAGAAGUAAGUGAAAAAGUAAACCAUUCAACUUCAGGAACUUUAGUGCGCGAUUUAUUUUUUGUCCAUAAAAACGUAAAAUAAGGAUAUCCAAUAUCCAGCCAUCUUAAACACACGCUUCAUCAUCAACGCAUUUGUAGUGAAUUUAAAAAACUGAUGCAUAAAUGUUAAGUUAUUGAUUUGUCUUUUUAUUGUUAAGGGAAUGACCCUCAAAUAUUUAAGUAACCGUAAAAAUAUAUUUCUCUCUCACUGUGCACAAUCGUCUAAUUUAUGUAAAGGCUCGACCUCAUAUAUUGGAAGCUUUUAGCGCAGUACAUUAGCAGAUUACUUUAGCAGCUAUCUUUCUCAGAAUUGAGCUUUUCAAAAGAGCAAAAUUUUGAAACAAGGCUAAGGUUUUUUUUAAGGUUAAUUGAUGGACUUGUUGAUAGGUUGAUGCUGACCGGAAAACCAGAAUUAUGACAAUUAUGGUGAAAAGUUCUCUUUGCUUCAAGCUUCGAAAACGCUGUGUCGCCUUGUGUUUUAAGAAACUGCUUGAAUUGUGGGGGUGUCGUGGAAAGGUCUUGAACUUGACGACGAUAGGCCCGCUUUACGUAUAUCACUUCCUCAGGAUGUCAACUUCCUUUCACCUUUUUUGGCCGUCAGAGUUGUUGUUUUGAAUUAGGGAACUUGGCGAUGCCAAGGAAACAGUACUGA